GGCGGGGCUUCCUUCCGGCCCGGGCUGCGCGGCGGGGCCGCGGUGAGGGGAGAAUGUGCUGCGAGAAGUGGAGUCACGUGGCCGAAAUGUUUCUGUUCGUGGAAGACCGGGAGGAUCGGAAAAUUCACUGCCUCUGCUCCCGGGCGUUUGUGGAGGAUCGAAAAUUGUACAAUUUGGGACUGAAAGGCUACUAUGUCAGAGGCAGUAGCAACAAUGCAGGAGACGAGGCUACGGAGGAAGAGGAAGGUGGCUAUUCCCAUGGCACUGCAGAGUCUGCGGAAAGCAAGGGUGUGGACCUGGAUGAAAGUGAACUUGAUUCCGAGGCUGAACUCAUGAGAAGUAUGGGAUUGCCACUUCAGUUUGGUAGGGUUUCUGAACACGACAAUUUUGAGGUAUCUAUGAAUACUAGAAAUAAAGUUAAAGUGAAGAAGAAGAAGAAGAAACUUCAGAAGAAGUACUUAGAUGAAAUUGUGCGAGGUUCUUGGAGAAAAGAUGAAGAAGACGACCUUUUGCUUUCAGAUGACCCAUCCUCGGUUGAGCCGUAUGAGACUACCAGGACAUGUGAACUUCAGAGCAAGAAGGACAUUGAAGCCGAAAAUCUUCCUGUUGAAAAUGCAUUAUCUCCAAACCUGGAAAUCACAGAGAUAUGGGAAAAGUAUUGGAAUAAAUACGGAGAAGGACUGUUGUGGCAAAGCUGGGAAGAGAAACAUCCAGCUCAAACAUGCUCUGAACCGUGGGACUUUCCUGGUACAAAGGAAGAGUGGGAACAGCAUUAUAGCCAACUUUACUGGUUUUAUUGGGAACAAUUUGAGUAUUGGCGAGCUCAGGGCUGGACUUUUGAUGCCUCACAAAGCUGUGAUACAGAUACUUGUGCCUCUAAAACAGAAGACAAUAAAAUAAAUGAAGAUAGCACAAAAAUUGACUUAACAUCUUUUCCGUCUUUAACUAACACAACUGAUAAACAAAGCUCAGGUUCAAGUGAUCAUAGUGAAAUACUUGAUGGAAUUAGUAAUAUAAUUCUGAGUCCAGAGGGAGUAGAACAGAGCCAGUUAGAUUCCCUAAGUUGUGAUGGGCAGCUGAGUAAAGUUAGCGGUGGGAAAGUCUGCCCUGCUUCUGGCCAAAAUGCACCAUGUGACGGAGGAACCAAGGAAAGCAACUUCUCUGGGAGUAGAAGCACAGACCGGCCAGCUCAAGAGUCACGGGAGUCUUCAGGAGCAAGCACAAGCAAAGGUAAAGCACACACCGGCCAGACUGAUGGAGGUGAGAGUGAAGAAGAUCCACCUGAGCGUAAGCCCAGCAAGCUCAAGAGGAGCCAUGAACUGGACAUCGAUGAAAAUACGGAUUCAGACCUGGAUGACAGUGGUUCCCUUCUAGGAUUCAAGCAUGGCUCAGGACAAAAAUACGGUGGAAUUCAAGAUUUCAGUCAUCGCCAGGUCAGGUAUCUAGAGAAGAAUGUGAAACACAAGUCAAAAUAUCUGGACAUGCGCAGACACAUGAAGGUGAAAAACAAACAUACCUUCUUUCCUGAAGAAUCAGAAAAGCCGGUUUUCAAGAGAAGCAAGGCUCUGAGUAAGGUGGAAAAAUUUCUAAAACGGAUUAGUGAACCAGUGGCUGAGGAAGCAUCACAGGAGUCAUUUUCUCACGACAACAUACAAGACAGUUGCACCAGCAGUGAUUCGGAGAAACAGGACGUGUCUGUGAAAGCUGAUGACCUAAUGGAAACUAGAAGUCUGGGACCCGUGAAGUGUCAGGCCAGCUCUUCGGCCAGUGAGCCCGAGACAGAAAAGAACGAGCCAGACAGCCCAAUAGCGGCUGUUCCAGAGAAGCAGAGCUGUGUUGCUCAGGAAACACGAGAGUCUCCCCAGGUAGACACUAAAGCUGAAAUUAAAAGGAAGAAAAAGAAGAAAAAUAAGAACAGAAAGACAAGUGGCAUACCUCCUGAGAUAGCUGCUGUUCCUGAGCUGAUUAAGUACUGGGCCCAGAGAUACAGGCUCUUCUCCCGUUUUGAUGAUGGGAUUAAGUUAGAUAGAGAGGGCUGGUUUUCAGUCACCCCUGAAAAGAUCGCCGAACACAUUGCUGGCCGUGUCAGUCAGUGCGAGUGGGACGUUGUGGUGGACGCAUUCUGUGGGGUUGGGGGAAACACCAUUCAGUUUGCCUUAACAGGGAAAAGAGUGAUUGCCAUUGAUAUCGACCCUGUUAAGAUUGAUCUUGCUCGCAACAAUGCAGAAGUUUAUGGAAUAGCGGAUAAGAUAGAGUUCAUCUGCGGAGACUUCCUGCUGCUGGCUCCUACUUUAAAGGCUGAUGUUGUCUUCCUCAGCCCACCUUGGGGAGGGCCAGAUUAUGCUACUGCGGAGACCUUCGACAUUAGGACGAUGAUGUGUCCUGAUGGCUUUGAAAUUUUCAGGCUUUCUCAGAAGAUUACUAAUAAUAUUGUUUAUUUUCUUCCAAGAAAUGCUGAUAUUGACCAGGUGGCAUCCUUAGCUGGGCCAGGCGGGGAAGUGGAAAUAGAACAGAACUUCCUUAACAAUAAAUUGAAGACGAUCACGGCUUAUUUUGGUGACCUGAUUCGAAAACCAGCCUCUGAAACCUGUGAGGCAACAUAAAGACAAAGGGAUCAUGUAGGGCUCAGAACCCUGAUCACAUGAGACACUGGGAAUGUCGUUGUGUGUUCACGGCUGACUUUGUAUACGUACUCUUCCAGGGUCACGUGGUACAGAAGCUUACAUGAGCUUGAUGAAUAUUAUCAGUGAAGUGCUUUGAGGUCUUCGGGUUACAUUAAUCAGGUGCUGUAUGUUUUGUACCUUAGGGUCGUGAGCGUGAUGCAGACAGGACAGGGCUGCUCCUGUGCUUACUUUCAGCAUGCGUCCAUGUGUGUAUUUUUACAUAUUUUGUAUUUUAUCUUCUUUGUAUAUAUACAUAGAUGUUCUGUCUUCUUUGUAGAUAUACAUCUAUAUACGUAUAGAUAUAUAUGCAUAUUUUAAAAUAAUUGGUUUAAUGCGGAAAAAUACAAAACUGAAUGGAUAAUAUUUAUCCACCCAUUUAAGCUCUGUGGAAAUAAUGUUGUACAUUUAAUGCUAAAAAUGUAUAAUGUAAUCCUAAAACAGUGCAGAAUGAUACAAAAAGAAAAACAAGUUUCACACCCCUCCCUCUAUUGUUCAUUCAUCCACCUAAAAGUAAUCGCAACUGUGUUAGGAUGCAAAGGAAUUGCAGUAUACCCUCACAUACGUUUUUCCUCGUUAAUGCCCUUUUUCCAAUUGGUGCACUGUUUAACACUCUAACACCUGUUUUUACUUAAUAUUUGUUAAGCAGUACGUCUUGAAGACCUUUGCAUAUCGGUACAUACAUAGAGACCUACCUCACUCUUUUCACUGGUUUUCUUGAAUUGUGCUUUCUGGAUGUACCAUUACUAAAUUAACUGCCUACUGAUGGUCAUGUGGGUUGCUUUCAGGUUUCUGCAUUUGUCAACUGCUCUGCACUCUUUGUAAGUGUAAUGUAUACUAUUGAACACGUAUCCAGUGGGUAAAUGUCUAGCAGUUUAGAUUGCUAGGGGUUUGCUUUCCUUUUGUUGUAGUUUGAUUUGGUUUUUGAGGUCUCACUAAGAUGCCUAGACCAGCGUCAAAUUGUGUUCCACCUCCAGAGUGCUGGGAUUGUAGGCAUGCACAAUCACACCCAGAAGUCUCUGCAUUGUGACUCCGGUAGACGCAGUCAGAUUGCCUCAGUAAAAUAGGGCUCUGGUUUAACCUUUCUUCUUUUCAUGUCUUUGGAUCAUCUGGAACUUGCUUUUGAACAUCCUUUUAUAAAAUUAAUGUUUUUGAGAUUUUCAUUGCAAACUCAAUGUGAAAUAUAUUUUGUAAUAUAGAAGUUUAUAUUCUUUUUGUAUUAAAAUGGCAAUGAAAAGAGGAGUGUUGCUUACUUAUUCACUGAAAGCAUGUUCUGUCAAUUUUACAAGAAGAAUGACAUACAGUUCUUUAGCCUUUACGGUUAGAUCCAGACUUUUUAUCUUUUACUGUGAGCAUGUGAAAUAUUAAAACAGUGUUUUGGUUGGAAUAAGGCUAGGGACAAGGGUAUAGCUCAGUUUUACAGUGUGUGCUUAGUGUGCAAGAGGCUCUCAGUUCAACUUCCAGUACUAAAUAAUAGUAAAUAUUAUGAGCAAAGCCAGUUUUUGAGUAUGUUAACAUUAGUCUCUUAAAACUACAUUGUGUACCUGACUGCCCUGCAAGCAAUUGAGCUGCUCUUUAAGGGAGAAAUUACUUUUUUAUUAAUUUGUAAUGUCAAAAUCUGUCCAGAUGUGCUUGAAUUCUGUACCUUUUUGACAUAACAUUAGUGGGGUUUUUUUGUUUGUUUGUUUGUUUUUCUUCUGGUACCAGGAAUUGAACUCAAGACCUUGUGCUUUCCAGGCAGGUGCUUUGCCGCUGAGCUAAAUCCCCAGCCCCAACAUUAGUGUUUAUAUCAUAAACUUAUUAAUGAUUUGAAUAACACCAGCAUUGAUCGUCCGCAGUUCUAUACACGGUCCCUAGAACUAGAAAAGUUGAUAAAUGCCAUGAAAGAAAUGACCAAUUACUUUUCCGUUUUUUGUCACAAACUUUAAUGUAUACACUUCUCUACAGUACAUAUUUUUAGUUGUAUAUUAUUGAAACUAACUUAUCAGCUGGAUGUGAUAACACAUGCCUAUAGUCCCAGCUGUUUGGAAACUGAGACAGGAUCAAAACUUCAACACCACUCUGGGCAACUUAGCAGCAAGCCCCUGUCUCAAAAGCGUUUUUGAAAAGAGCUGGGGAUAUAGCUCAUUGGUAAAAUGCCCCUUGUUUUAAUCCCCCAGUCCACAAAAAUAAAAGACAAGAAGCUAAUUCUUGAGACUAAACUUUUCCCGCCCACUAAUCACAUGGGGAACUAACUAAUUUAGAGUGUUAGUGCCCAGAGGGACUUAAGAAAGGUUCUUGUCUGUUGUGAGUCUUGUUCAAAUAAAAUCUUUUUUUUUUUUUGGUACCAGGGAUCAAACUCAGGACCUUGCACUUGCCAGGCAGGAGCUUGUGCCGCUGAGCUAUAUCCCCGGCCCUGUUCAAAUAAAAUCUUACCAAGGACCCAAAUAUGUAAAAUAGAUUAAAAAGAAAAGUUCAUUCAGCUGCUUAGGGUAAAACAAGAAUCAAGAAGUUAGCAACCCGUUUCCAAUCCAACCUAUUCUUUUUUAUUAUUAAAUUAUAAAACCUUUAAAAGAAUUAUCUAAUAAAAGUGAAUAUAUUUUAAGCAUCUGAGUACAAACUGAACAAUUUAAGAAGUGGCCUCGCUCUUGAGCCCUCCCUCCCCCACCUGCCACGCGUGCGCCCCCUUCCCUAAGGCAGCCAAGGGCUGGCGCCGACGUUUCUCCUUUCACACGCUUCCCUCAGAGUCGUCUUGUGCACACGCUUGGGGGGACACAGGCUUACAUUCCGAAAUUUUUCUUACUUCUGCUGCCAGAGGUUAAACCCUGGACACGCUCUGUCAUUGAGCUACACCCCAAAUCUCUGAACUGUGUUUGUAAUGUACUGUCUUUAAAUUUGUCUAUGUCAGUACAUCUAUAACUACGGUCUCAGUUUUAACAGACAUAAGUCAGUAAGACUUCCUUUAACCAUGACCCAAUUAUGAACAUGUAAAUGAACAGCUUUUGCAGUUGCAGCUCGUGCUGCCUGCAGGGCAUGUUUCUAGGAUAGCUUCCAGAGGUGAAAUUUUUCAGUCAACAGUCAUCCUUUUUUGUUGUAAUAAGUAUAUAGUGUCCAAAAUAUAUAUCACCACUAGGGUAUGCAUUUUCCUCAUACCCUCAAAACCAUUUUAUAUUUUCACUUGUUGCUAAUGUGGUCAAACAAUAAAGUUGAUUUAACUGGAUUUACUGA